AUGUCAAAAAUGCAAGGCAAACACCACAAAAACGAAAUACUUUGACGUUUACAGAGAGAAAAAGUCGAUAAAAAUAAUAUUGGGAUACAAAUUUCUUGAAAAAAGUCUGCUAAAAUGGCAGACAAAUUUUCCUAUCAAAAAACAGUGCAAAGUCUUGCUAGGGUUUUGGCCCAAAUAAAACCAACUGCUAGUUGGGAUAAGGUUCAGUCAUUGUUUCGGUAUUGCCCUCAAGAGAAUGCGGCAGGUGUUUUCUGUUUAGAUUCCCGUGCACAGGAUGCUGUUAUUGCAUUGGGUUUGUACUUCCUAGAGAGUGGUUGCCAGCAUGAAGAUCGCAUUGUACCAUAUUUAUUAAGAUUAGCUAAAUGUCUACCAAAAGCUGUAUGGGUUGAUGAUGGAAAAUGGAGUAAAACAGAUCGUAUACCAUCCGCAGAAAAAUUUAGUUUUUGCCUGAAUACUCUGUUAUCUGAUAUCGCCGCAAAAUGUCCCGAUUUAAGAGAAGAUAUUAUUGUGAAUCAAGUGGAGACAUUGAGUGCAUUGGCCAACAUAAUAAAGUCCAGCAAAGAAAGCAGUUCGGCACCGCCACCCAUAAUAUUAUGCAAAGCUACGGUGCCUUUGCUUUUCGGUUUGGCUCGUUCUAUGGGCAGGUAUGCCUCACAUGAUCCAGCUCUGCUUUGCCGCAUAUAUCCCCGUGAAAAAAUGCCUGAAGUAAAACCCAAUCCUCGCGAAGGUGGCAGUCACAGUUCCAAUGAGCGUUUGCAGUUUGCACAAUUCCGCCCCAUAAUACCACGUUCCAUGUCCGGAAGUCUGAGUCAAGAAUCGUAUGAAAUCAAAAUGAAACAGAUGUCUAUGGCAACCCAUUUGAAUAAACAAAAGCCACAGUUACACACCUACUUUUCGGUCCCUUACGAUCCACGGACUCAUUUUUUUACACGCUAUGGCUCCAGUUUUAAUCAGUUUCCCAAUAUGCGUGUCACCGAGACACCUACUAAAACCCAAAAGUGUUUUAUCAUGCCACCUUUUCCAAUUCAACAUUUGCAAACUAUAUUUGCUGUGGCCAAAAAGUUGUUAACCAAGGAAACAUUGGAACAUUUGGACGAGCAAGCCAGCGACAUAUUUGCUUUACAUCAAAUAAAGGGUUAUUGUUAUAAGAGUUUCUCAGAAACACUAAAUCUGGUUUUGGUCACAUUGUUGCGAGAAAUUUUGCAACAUCAAAUCGACCUGCCAGCUCCUUUCACCAAAGAUGUCCAAGAGUUUGUGAAACGCCUAUUCCUUAAUGGUCAAACCGAAUUGCAGAACAAACAACAGGACCAAGAGAGGGAGAAGAGGGAAGAAAAUGGCAUACCCGUUGUAAACAAGUACAAAGUGAAUGUAAUGGCCAAUGCAGCUUGUGUGGAUUUGUUAGUCUGGGCAAUACGGGAUGAAACGGUUGAUGAGGAGUACAAUGUACCUUCAUUGCAGUAUGCUUUACAUUAUUUAAUGCAAAAAGAAGCUGACAAGCUAUGUGGUCGACUCUCACAAAAACUCAACUCAGUGUUAUCCCACAAAAUUGUAAUGGAUCAUAUGCCAUUAUUGAUGGUGUGUUUAGAAGGUCUUGGAAAAUUGGCUCAAAAGUUUCCCAACAUAGCCAAUACAUCAAUUUCGUAUUUGCGUGACUUUCUGGUGGAUCCCAGUCAGAUUUUGGCAAAGCUGCAUGCGCACUCGCAACAAUUAAUGGCGCUGCAAAUGAAGGAAAAGGAUGUGAAACCCUUUAAAAUUGUUGUUCAAAAUAGCGAAUCACGUUCUACGGUAGAUAUAUUUGGAGAAAGUCAGAAAUAUGCUCCUCUUAGAACGGGACAGGCAGCAUUUGAAGCUCUACGUGAUGCAGCCAUUGAAAACCUUAGUGCUGCUUUAAGAGCAGCCCAGCCGGUAGAUCAGUUUUGUGUCCCUGCUUUGGUGGCCAACGUUUCCAAUCGUUUGUUUACAGCUGAAAAGCACGAAUCGGAAUCGACAUUGGUUAGCUUAAACAUCAUUGUGAUGCUGGGUCAUGUAGCCGUGGCUUUAAAGGAUACUUCAAAAACUACACAAAACAUUUUGCAAUUCUUCAUACAGCGUUUCUGCAAGGUACCUUCCGAACAAAAUGCCCUGAUUGUGGAUCAAUUGGGUUGUAUGAUUAUAUCUCAGUGCGAGCCUCACGUUUUCGAUGAAAUAAUGAAAAUGUUUUCCCGUGUUGCCGUACAAUCGGCCUCCUUAGCUUAUACUUCGGAUCCGGAACACCGCAAACAGUUCUUUAGCGUUUCCGAUGCUGUUAUCAAUGCUCUAGGCAAUAUUGCCGCCAAUAUUCAGGGGGACGAUGAGAAAUUAGAAUUGUUGGGCAAAUUGCUUGAACUCUUUGUGCAAAUCGGUCUUGAGGGAGAGCGUUCCUAUGACAAUACGCCUGGGGCUUCAAAGUCGCGUUCGAGUGCCGGCCAUUUGGGUAUGCUAAUACCGGUAAUUGCCGUACUGCUCAAACGUUUGCCGCCCAUAAAAAAUCCACGUUUGCGUUUACACAAACUAUUUAAAGAUUUUUGGGUUUAUUGUGUGGUUAUGGGUUUUACAAAUGCUCGUCUCUGGUCACCCGAGUGGUAUAUGGGAGUUCAACAAAUUGCCGCAAAAUCGCCCCUGUUAAUAUCACAAACCACGCACAAAUCGGAUAUGCGUGAACUAAAUUACACAUCGGCCAUUAAGAGCGAAUCGAGCAAUCUGAAUGAACUCAGGAGUGAUAUAGUAUUGGUAUUGGAGCAUCCAUCAGCGGAGGUAACUGCUGCCAUAAACAAACUCUCAUUUGCCCAGUGCACAUUUUUGUUGAGUGUUUAUUGGUUGGAAAUGUUGCGUGUUGAGAAUGCCGAAGAACCAAGCUUGGAGCCGAUUCUCACCUAUCUGUGUGAUCCCGCACUACAAAAAGACAAGUCGGGCAUAUGGCAAUGUGUAAAAUGCAUUGCUGACCAGGUGUUUGAAAAAUUCCGCAACGUUUUGUUUACUCGCGAUGAAAUACGUGAAAAGGUGCUGGAAUCCCAGGCCACCCUACUGCUGGUGUAUUUCAAUCACAUAACCAAACAAAUACAAGUUGUGGCAGAUCAAUAUCUUUCACAACUGGUAGACAAAUUCCCGCAUCUGCUGUGGAAUCGCCGCGUGCUCUGGUGCAUGCUAGACAUUCUGCAGUUGCUGGCAUUUUCACUCACCCUCGAUCCGAAUGAGGAAACACCGACACUACGGGUUGUAUCUACCCCCUAUACACUGCAGCUGAUGGACUCUUUGCCGGCACGUGAAGGACGUCUCAAAGAUUUUGCAGACCGUUGUCAAGGGAUUGUCAACGAAGCCAUGAAAUGGGCUCCCCGUUCAACAAAAUCACAUUUGCAGGAGUAUCCGAAUCAAAUUCCAACUCAGGUUCUAUCACACCACAGUGGCUUGGCACUGGCUUUCGAUUCAGUGGUCAGCACUAAUAGUUUUCAUCCAAACGCUUUACCCUCGAAUAGCAAACGUCCUGCUUGCGUAAAGUCAGACACGCCAAGAUUCGUUUCUGUACUGUGUCUACGCAGCAAAUAUGCCGGAGAAAUAUCCGGUUUGUUGUCUGUAUUGAGUGAAACAGAGAAGGCUGGUUUGGCUGAUCGUUUGGUAAACGAUGUCUGGGAGGCGUGCAAAGAGAAAAGUGAUGCCAGACAUCGAGGAGCAUUGUGGCGUGCCACAGCCUAUUUGAUAAUAUGCUCGGAUAUCAAGCGGAAACUUCUGCACGCUGUUGCCACAUCACAGGUUGAAUUGUUUACGGAAUCCGCUAUGGAGACCGCAGUUGAAUGUUGGCAAUGGGUCCUAACAGCUCGUCAGGAUCUAGAGCUAUGCUUUAUUCAGGAAAUGGUUGCAGCAUGGCAAACCACUUUUGAAAAGAAAUUAGGGCUUUUCUCCGAGGAGGUCGAAAUUACUAGUCCUUUGGCUGCCUAUGAUGGAUGCAAACUAGUAUCGAAACCCAUCACAGUAUCACCUCAUCUCAUAUGGCUACAGUUGUUGUCGGAAAUGGUUGACACUGCUAAAUAUUGUAAUCGUGAUAAGGUGGAAAUGUUUUGUCUUCUUCUGCACCGCUGUCUUCCCAUAACCAAGAAUAGUAAGCAAAACAGACAGGUGUCCACCGUUGGCUGUCGCUUCAAACUUCUCCAAUGUGGUUUAUCACUGCUGCAAGGUAACACCGUACCCAAGUCAUUGGCUAGGAAUAUUUUACGUGAGCGCAUAUACAGUAAUGCUCUCGACUAUUUUUGUGGUCCCCCAACAUGCCCGAAUCAAAGCAAAGAGCAGUUACUGGAGGACAUUUUGAUUCUGUUGAAAUUCUGGCAAACUAUGCGCAGUGAAAAGAAGCACUUGGUUACUUCAGAAGUGGGUGAUUAUGAUAUUCCAGUCUCCACCCCCAAUCAGAUGUUGACGGUAAAUAAGAAUCCCGAAACGGCUUCUCUAAUCAGCACCGGCGAGGCCGGCAGAUCUUCCUCGAUAGCUGGCACUGGCGGCUGGUAUAACACUAUACCACACUCGACAUCGACUCUAUCGAAGCGCUCCAAUCGCUCGAAGCGUUUGCCCUAUCAAAAGGAUUCAUAUGACAAGGAUUAUAUGAAGAAGCGCAACCUUAUUUUGGAGUUGAUGGCCGUAGAAAUUGAAUUCCUAAUAACUUGGUAUAAUCCCAACAGCCUGCCAGAUUUGGCUAUCCCAGGAGAAGAACAAAUAACUGAAUGGAGAAAUCGUCCCUAUAAAGUCAACAUUUGGAGAGAUUUUGCACGUUUGGCUUGGUCAUACAACCCUGCGUUGGCGGUGUUUCUACCUUCGCGCAUUAAGAAUGCCGAAUCCAUUGAAGAGGAGGUUACACGGCUAGUAUGUCUGGAUCCUAUUGCCGUGUGCGAAAUUCCAGAAGCGCUGAAGUACUUAGCCACCACAAAGAAUUUAUUGCAUGAAAGCCCUGACUUGAUGUACAUUCUGGCCUGGUCCCCAGUAAAUCCCAUUCAAGCGUUGUCCUAUUUCUCUCGUCAGUACCCAUCACAUCCCCUUACAGCGCAGUAUGCCGUAAAGACACUUAACUCAUAUCCGGCCGAAUCUGUAUUACCUUACAUUCCACAGUUGGUACAAGCCCUAAGGCACGAUACUAUGGGCUAUGUCACUGAACUCAUUAAAUUCAUAUCUAAGCGGUCGCAAAUUGUAGCCCAUCAAUUGAUCUGGAAUAUGCAAACAAACAUGUAUAUGGACGAAGAUCAGCAACACAAAGACCCCAAUCUAUACGAAUCUUUAGAGCUUCUUAGCCAGAACAUUAUAUCAUCAUUCUCGGGAGCGGCAAAACGCUUUUACGAAAGAGAAUUCGAUUUCUUUGGCAAGAUAACAGCUGUCUCCGGCGAAAUACGUUCUUAUCCCAAAGGAGCGGAGCGUAAAAAUGCAUGUCUGGCUGCACUCAGCAGAAUAAAAGUUCAGUCUGGAUGUUAUUUGCCCUCAAACCCUGAAGCCAUGGUGCUUGAUAUCGACUACAACAGUGGAACGCCUAUGCAAAGUGCGGCCAAGGCUCCUUAUUUGGCUCGGUUCCGUGUGUACCGUUGUGGUAUUACUGAAUUGGAGACCAGGGCAAUGGAAGUUUCCAAUAACCCGAACUCCCAGGAGGAUGCUAAAAUGACUUUGGGUGUAGAAUCAUGGCAAGCAGCCAUCUUUAAAGUGGGAGAUGAUGUGCGACAAGAUAUGUUGGCCUUGCAAGUUAUAACCAUAUUCAAAAAUAUUUUCCAACAAGUAGGACUGGAUCUUUUCCUUUUCCCAUAUCGAGUCGUCGCUACUGCUCCAGGCUGUGGUGUCAUUGAAUGUGUGCCCAAUGCCAAAUCUCGCGAUCAGUUGGGUCGUCAAACCGAUUCGGGUCUUUAUGAAUACUUUUUGCAUCAGUAUGGCGAUGAAAGCUCCAAGGAAUUCCAAGCGGCACGUGCAAAUUUCGUAAAAUCCAUGGCGGCAUAUUCGUUGAUUGGUUACUUAUUGCAAAUCAAGGAUCGUCAUAAUGGUAACAUUAUGAUUGACAAAGAUGGUCAUAUUAUACACAUUGACUUUGGUUUCAUGUUCGAAUCCUCACCUGGCGGCAAUAUUGGAUUUGAGCCGGACAUGAAACUCACCGAUGAAAUGGUAAUGAUAAUGGGCGGCAAAAUGGAAGCACCUGCCUUUAAGUGGUUCUGUGAGUUGUGCGUUCAGGCGUUUUUGGCAGUACGUCCUUAUCAGGACGCCAUCGUCUCUUUGGUAUCGUUAAUGUUGGACACUGGCUUGCCAUGUUUCAGAGGUCAAACAAUCAAUUUACUCAAGCAACGCUUUGUCUCCACCAAAAACAACAAGGAAGCUGCUGCCCAUAUGUUGGCGGUCAUUCGUAGCUCUUAUCAGAAUAUUCGAACACGAACCUACGAUAUGAUCCAGUAUUAUCAAAAUCAAAUCCCCUAUUAGAAAAACAAAAACGAACGAGAUGCAUAUGUUAUAUACUGGAUACUUUUAUUCCAAAAUUUCCUGUUAAAACUUAAAUAUUUACAUUGUUGUUAUUUUUAAUGAAUCUGCGUCUACAACAUAUAUCAAUUUCUCCAACAGUUAUUUGUUAUAAAGAUGUAUACAUAUGUUGUAAGAAUUAAUUUCCUAUUUUUUUAUUUUUUUCUACCUCCACUCUACAUGACCCUUUAUUUAAAAAAAUGUUUUAAUAAUUUAAAUAUAAAAAAUGUAUUUAUAUUUACUUUUUGUUGUGUGUAUCGUUGUAAAUUGACAAUUUAUUAGUUUUGGUGUCAUUUAACGGAAGCGGAAACGGAAAUAAACGUUAAAGCGGUAAACAUGAAAUAUCAUAA